UCCAAAGAAAACAGAGGCAUCUGUGGUUCUGUGUGCACGCAGAAGAAACACAAACACAGACAACUGAACAAAUGAGUGUGGCGGCAAUGUGGAUUCGAGUCAUUCUGCUAGCUGCAGCAUGCUUGCUUCCUCUAUCUGCGGAGGCCAGAAUUAGGCAUUACAAGUUCAACGUGGUGAUGAAGAACGCAACGAGAUUGUGUUCAACCAAGCCCAUAGUAACCGUCAACGGACAGUACCCAGGUCCCACCAUCUAUGCUAGGGAAGAUGACACUGUUCUGGUUAAGGUGGUCAACCACGUCAAAUACAACGUCAGCAUCCACUGGCAUGGUGUUAGACAGCUGAGAACAGGUUGGGCUGAUGGGCCAGCAUAUAUAACCCAGUGCCCAAUUCAACCGGGCCAGGUCUACAUGUACAACUUCACUCUCACAGGCCAAAGAGGUACCCUAUUUUGGCACGCACACAUCCUCUGGCUCAGGGCCACUAUCCAUGGAGCCUUAGUCAUCAUGCCCAAGCUUGGGGUUCCUUACCCUUUUCCCAGACCUCACAUGGAACAAAUUAUCUUGUUGGGUGAAUGGUGGAAAUCAGAUACAGAAGCUGUUAUCAAUGAAGCUAUGAAGUCUGGGUUAGCCCCUAAUGUCUCUGAUGCUCACACCAUCAAUGGCCACCCAGGUCCUGUCCAAGGCUGUGCUUCACGAGGAUUUAAUUUUCAAGUUGAACAAGGAAAAACUUACUUGUUGCGGAUCAUCAACGCUGCACUAAAUGAAGAGCUCUUCUUUAAGAUUGCAGGCCACCAACUCACAAUUGUUGAGGUAGAUGCGGCCUACACAAAACCUUUCAAAACAGACAUCAUAGUUAUAGCACCAGGCCAGACCACAAAUGUCCUUCUAUCAACCAACAGAGCCACAGGAAAGUACUUGGUUGCAGCAUCUCCUUUUAUGGACGCUCCUAUCCUAGUAGACAAUAGAACAGCUAUAGCCACAUUACACUACUCAGGCACCGUUAGUUCCACCAUCACCACCCUCACUUCCCUUCCUCCCAAAAACGCAACACCAGUAGCCACAAAGUUCACUGAUUCUCUCAGAAGCCUGAACUCAAACACUUACCCUGCACGAGUCCCCUUGAAGAUCGACCAUUCCUUGUUCUUCACCGUCGGCCUCGGAAUUAACCCUUGUCCUACUUGCGUAAAUGGAAGUCGCGUGGUUGCCGAUUUCAACAACGUUUCCUUCGUGAUGCCCGAGAUUUCUCUACUUCAGGCACAUUUCUUCAACAUUAGCGGGGUUUUCACUGAUGAUUUCCCCGCGAAGCCUCCGGUGAUGUUCAAUUUCACGAGGACACAGCCAACGAACUUCGCCUCCACCAUAGGAACGAGGCUUUACAGGCUUUCUUACAACUCAACAGUUGAGCUGGUGUUGCAGGAUACGGGAAUGAUAGCACCUGAAAAUCAUCCAAUUCAUCUUCAUGGCUUCAAUUUUUUUGUGGUUGGCAGAGGAACUGGAAAUUUCAAUCCCAAGAAAGAUCCGAAAAAAUUCAACCUCAUCGACCCUGUGGAGAGGAACACAAUUGGUGUUCCAGCCGGUGGGUGGACCGCCAUUAGGUUCAAAGCUGAUAAUCCCGGGGUGUGGUUCAUGCAUUGCCAUCUUGAAAUUCACACAAGCUGGGGAUUGAAGAUGGCAUUUGUGGUGGACAAUGGUAAAGGACCAGACGAGUCUCUGCUUCCACCUCCAAGCGAUCUUCCCAAGUGCUAGGAAGAAGAAGAUCAUUCACCUAUUUUAAUUAAACACAGGGGAAAACCAUAAGGGCUUGUAACAACAUUUUCUCGAGGCAAGAGAAGUAGCAGCCUUGUAGGGAAAUAAAAUUGAAUGUCACAUAACUUUACGCUUACUAUUAUUUCAUUAUUUUUUGUUGCAUUAUUGUUUGCACUCAAAUUUUCCCCUUGUUGAGUUUAUUUGUUGGGUCUUCAUGUGAUUGUGCAUACAACGGGAGAGAGAGUCCCAAGGAUUUGUAAUAAAGUUGGAUGGUUUUGCACU